AUGAAAGGAUUAAGAAAUAAGUUUGUGAAAGCAUUGUCGUUCAAAGAUGAAGCCGGGUCAGAUAAGGAUGUUAGUUAUUCCAAGAAAGACUAUACCAAAAAUACUUCCCCCAAGGAAAAUCAACCCUCCUCGGAACUGAAAUAUAGUCGCUCAAAGAAGGAAUUGAAAAAAUCGAAAAGCUCAAGCUCGUUGUCCAAAGUUAAUAAAUCCUUUCUGGCUAGGGAAGCUGGUGAUGAAAAGCUUGAGAGUGGCAAAAAUAAGCAAGACGAAAAUAGUGUUAUUGCAGAAUCAAAGAGCUCUCCUACCUUUUCAAAAUUGCCUCGAUUUGACGUAGAUGAACAAAGCUUGGGUUCGUUAAAGCCAGCUUCUAUAUCGCUUCCUGAUCUGAAUUUGGCAACGGAAGUACAUGGAACCUUAGAUCCCUCCGGUACAAGUUCUUUUACAUCAUUUCCUCAAAAUUCUUAUUUUUCUCCUGCAGCAUCGGCAUCUUCUAAUAAGCUCUUGCCUCCGGUAUCGGUUAGUGAUGUUGAUCUUACCAACAAUGUACGCCGGAUCUCCUUUCAUCGUCAACAUUCUUCUCAGUUCCAAGUUUCUGAAAAAAGAAAUCUCACCCGAUUUCCCUCUUUUGAUGGUAAGCACUCUCAGUGGUAUAUCUUCGCCUUACUAACAGAGAAAAUAGAAGUCCACCCUUCCGAAAAUGUUUUAUUAUCGCUCGAAGAAGAGCCAUAUCUCGAGCCAGCUUGGCCACAUAUGCAGCAAGUUUAUUUACUUCUUAUCCGUUUUCUUGAGUCACCGGACUUUAGAGUCACCAAAUCGAAGUCUUUAGUGGAUCACCACUUCUUUAAUAAUUUAUUAAUGUUAUUUAAUUCUGAGGAUCCUAGAGAGCGUGAACUUUUAAAAACCGCCUUGCAUCGCAUAUAUGGAAAGUUUCUGAAUCUUCGCUCAUAUAUUAGAAAGGCCAUGAGUAAUGUUUUUUUACAAUUCACGUAUGAAAGAGAAUCAUUUCAUGAGGACAUUUUUGAGGUAUUAGAACCUUCGGAGUUCGUUCAUAUUCAAGUACCUCUUUUUCAGCAGCUUUCCCGAUCGAUUGCGAGUCCGCAUUUUCAAGUUGCAGAGCGAGCUUUGUGUUUUUGGAGUAAUGAAUACUUUACCAGCCUGAUUUUCGUUGAUAUGAAUCUUGACUUUUUCAAUGCUGUUGCCGAGCGCUGCCACAGCAAAAUGGCUAUUGAGAAAGAGGUGAUGGAAUGUUCCAAGCAAAGAUGGGCUGCACUCGAAGAAAUCGCUGCAAUAAAUAAAGCAUCUGUGGAUUCCGUAAAGCCCUUGAAUUCAAAAUAA